GGGAAACAAAUUAGAGACGCCAUCUUGAGCGUCGGUACGAAAAAUCGUCUGACUGAUGUGUUUUUUAACGCGAAAAUCAUCACUUUGGGUCGAAUCACAAUUGCUCUGCACCUGUAUGUGGUGUUUCCAUAUGGAGAUAUAUGAUACAUAAUUGUAUAAGUGAUAAAGUGUACUUCUCUUUGGGGCUGUAAGACAAACCUUUGAAGAGUAACUGUAGCAGCAGAAGUCAUCAUGUUUUAUGCACAUUAUGUGCUGAGUAAGAAGGGGCCCUUGGCCAAGAUUUGGUUGGCUGCCCACUGGGACAAGAAGUUGACAAAAGCUCAUGUAUUUGAAACAAAUGUUUCAUCAUGUGUGGACAGCAUCAUUCAUCCAAAAGUCAAGAUGGCAUUGCGUACUUCUGGGCACUUGCUGCUUGGAGUUGUGAGAAUCCACAGUAGGAAGGCUAAGUACCUCUUGGCCGAUUGUAAUGAAGCCUUUGUCAAGAUCAAAAUGGCCUUCAGGCCCGGUGUUGUGGAUUUACCUGAAGAAAACAGGGAAGCAGCAUUCACAGCCAUCACGUUGCCAGAGGUCUUUCAUGACUUUGAUACAGCUGUUCCUGACCUCAAUGAUGCUGAGGUCCAGAAGCAGUUCGCCCUAAAUCAGAGCAGAGUUGAAGAAAUCACGAUGAAAGAAGAUCUUGGCAACAUCACUCUCACACAAGAUGAUGCCUUUGGUGACAUCACGUUUGAUGACCGUGAGAUGAUGCGCGAUGCCCCCAACAUCGAUGAUUCCCUCUACAAGCGUGGCUCCGACGAGUCCACCAUGCUGAGUGAGAUGGGUAACAGGAAGGACAACACCAUUGACACCACCCUAGAGAAGCCUAUGGACCUUGGUCUGGAUGAGCCUAUCAGAGAUGAUGGCUUCGGAGCAGAGAUGGGCAUGGGGAGUGGCAUCCUUGGCAAUGAGUUUAUGGGACCUGAAGAAGGUUUAUUUGAUGAGCAACCAGAGAUUCAUGCCGGUGAAGUGCCCAUGGGAGGUACUGCAUCGGGAGAAAGCAGUCCAGAAAGGCCGAAUGAACCAGAGAAACAAAUGCCAGGUCAACCGAUGGAGCAAGGGGAGGAUGUUGCUGAACAACCUGUAGCAGAUCAAACAACACUAGUACCAAAUGAUGAGGAUGCAUUUGCCCUAGAACCAAUUGACAUUUCAGCUGGCAUGAAAGAAACUAGACAGAGACGCAAGAGGAAACUGAUUGUUGACGAGAUGAAGGAACUGGCCGGUGAUGUCAUCAAAUCGCAACUCAAAGAUACAUCCGACAUCGUGGCCACCCUAGACCUUGCCCCACCCACCAAGAAACUCAUGCUGUGGAAGGAGACUGGCGGUGCUGAGAAACUCUUCUGUCUGCCGGCAAGGCAACACACAUCAAUAUUCAUCCUGUCUAUUUAUAGACGGAAUCUCACGGCCGACAUUCCCAAAGAUCUCAAGAUUGUCCGAGAUGAAGACUUUGAGCUUGAAGAGCCUGAAGUACAGCGAAGAGUAGAGCACCAUGACUUCACCCUUGAGGCUUCCAGAGACCAGACGUCACUAUCCAUCGACGAACCCUCAAGGAUUGAGGAGCAGCCCAGUACCUCCGCUACACCCGCCCCUCCUGCUCCAGCCGACUUGCCCAUCCCCAUGUCCAGGAGAUCCUCUUCAUCGGACGGUGGUGACUACGGUGGGGACCUCUUCGCUGGCGACUACGAUGAUGAUUAUGAUAUCCCGUCAGUGGCACCCCAGUCUGUUGGACCAAGUGAUGCUGAAGAACCCGAAGAGGAAGAAGAGCUCCAAGAGGGUGAAGACCAGGAAGCACAUGAAGAGAGAAAACUCAACAAGAGAGCACAUAACAUGUUGACAGCUAUCAAUACCAGACUACAGACGUCAUCUGACGUAUCAUUCAAGCAUGACUUGACAAUGCGACUGAACAGGAAGCAAGCUGCAGCCAAGUUCUACACCCUCUUGGUCCUGAAGAAGCAGCAAGCCAUCGAUGUCUUCCAGAACGUCACGUACGGAGACAUCACCAUCCAGAGUGGGCCUAUGCUGGAGGGGGUUGCAUAGGCAGUACCCUCGCCGCUAACCGCAACUAGUUAUUACACUGAACAAUCUAAGACAUGGCCAUUGUAUCAAGUCCCUUGGCAUAAUCAGUGUGAAUAAGUCUGCAGGGCUACCAGGUCUCCCCGAUUUCCAUAGAGACUCCCUGAAAAUUGACUGAUUUUUGAGCGAAACACUGCAGAUUGUCAACAUAUAUCUCUGGUUCAUACAUAGAUUUCUUUCAUCGGACUGUGUGUAAUUGGGAGGGAUUUCCCCCAUUCCACGGUAAAUUCUUCCAGAAAGGUGAAUAUCAAAGUUGGCGGCACCGAGUCCGUUGCUGCAUCCUCAUCUGUGUAAAAUCAAGCCAGGGUGGAUGCUAUUUAGACAUACAGAGUUCUUUUCUAGAGAUCAUUGUCAUCGACUCUGCAUCAAGUCAAGUUCCCUACAACCAUCAUUCAUCUCGCCCCUGAGGUUCAUUCGCACUGGAUGGAAAAGGAAGUACAUAUACCAGUAAAGAUUUCAGUCCUAGAACAGAGAUGUCAGGAUUUUGCCAGGGGUGUGGCAUGUUAUUGCAGCUGCCUGAUGAUAGUGGAUUUUACAAGUGGUGUAGAUGCACAUCAAGUCGAUUGCAAUGCAUUUUUAAGCGAGACGGGAAUGAUUUCACCCGACAAACUGUUAUUGAUUUUACAGAAAGCUGUUUUAGUCCCUUAUAUCCAGUUGAUAAAUUUCAUUCAUUGGUUUUAUUACCUGAAAGUUUGCGAGGUUCUAGCCACUUCAUUUCAUCAACACUGUGUUCCAUCAAUAGAUCUUACACACUAACUCGGCUUGGAAAUAACCCUCUUCGCCCAUGUGAUUUUCAAAAUAAAUUUGACCAACAUUUUCGUCUUUGAGAGUAUUUGAUCCGAUUGUAAAAAGUGUGUACAGUGAUGUAGAAUUUCUGUUGCUGUUGCCAAGACUGGGAAUCCUAACAUUGUGAUUAUCUUAUUCUUUCCAAUGGAAAGCAUACCAGAUAUAAUGAUAUGGCAGUUAUUUCACCGUUCAAGAGAUGUUAGUGUAUUUGCACAGUCUUUGUUGUCAGUCGUGAUGUGGAAUAUAAGGUUUGAUAAUAGUUUCCAUAAAUGAAGAAAUGUUCAUAUUUUUAUAGGAAUUUUUAAAACAGUUACAAAUGUCGAAAUGAAUUGGAAUAUUCUCAUUAACAAACCUCAUUGAAAUCCAAAAUGCUAUGAGGAAAAAUGUCUUUUGAUAUGAUAUGGAAGGCUCAUUCUCCAUCUUAUAUUUGCGAUGACUAUUUCAGAUUUUGUGAAGAGUGCUUUUGAUACCAAUACCAUAAUUUGAGCAUUGUAUAGCAAAAUAUAAAUCCAGAAGUUGUCCACAAUGUUUCAUAAUGGAAAUAACUUGUUUUUAAACUUAAAGUUGUUUUUUAUCGAAUGAUACUGGUAUUUGGAAAGCUUUUAUAAUCAAUUACAGAUUUCUUAAGCUUAUAAGGUUACCUUGAUUUCAUAAAUGACUGACAAAAAAUUUGUUAAUCAAUUCCAUGCUAGAUUGACUGCAAAAUUGUGUUUGAUUCUGUUUAAUUUCAAUCUAGGUCUAUUUUUACUGUAUUGUCUUCUGUUGUAAAUAACAUAGAUUAUCUCAACCUCCAUAUUUUGUAGGAAUCUUUCAUUUAACUAUUUAUUUGGCCAUCAAUAAAACAGUGAAUACAUGUUGGAUUCUCAAAUUAAAGUACAUGUUGAAAAAGUCUGUUUGAUGAAAUUCUGUGAAGUAAUCUGUACUGUAGAUGAUUCUUUCUCAACAAUACUUGUGUGUCAAUAGCUCUUUGAUUUUAACGAAAAGAUUCUUACAGCUAGUCUGUAGAUCAAGGGUUCAGGCUGGUUUGGGGGAAGGAGAGGUACCUCCCCCCCCAUGCUUCCAAAAUUCAGUCAACCCCUAACUUUACCCCCCCCCCACCAAGAUGUGCAAUGCACAGUGGAUUUGUUUUUGAAGCACUGUUGAAAGCAGAAAAGGGGGUGGUAUUUUGGGGGUUUGCAAGGGAAGGAAAAAUACUGUUUGACUUGUGCCCCCCCCCUUGGCCUUCCUUUGUUUGAUCUACAUGCACAUAUAACAACAUAAACAUGGUAUGAGCCUCUCCGAACUGGUAUUUUUGUAGUAAUGUACUAUUAUUUAAAAUUGUAAAAUGCAAAUACUUUUUCAGGGUUUACAUUGCCUCUUGAUAUAUAGACUUCUGCCUUUUAACAAAAUAAUAAAAACAAAUCUGAAAUUCGAUGUUUCCAAAUACUGAUGGUUCUCAAACAUCCGUGAUUCAUUGUAGGACUUUGUAAUACCUCUAUCAUACCAAUUGAAUAUAUGGCCUGAAUUGUGUACUAUUGUUCGUCCUAUUGUUCUCAAUGGCUUGUUCAAAAUGCGUCUUAAGUGUUUGAAUGUUUACCAGUUAUUACACAGUUUGCCAAAAAUUUCACUUGCAUUUCUUAUAUAUUAUACACAUUGCACAGUGCCAUCAUUUUUAAAGAGCACUCAUGUUCGGUUAGAAAAGGAGCUGUAUAGAAUAAGUAAUGUUAGAUAUCUUCUUUCUAUCUUGGCUAUGCUGUAGCUGAGUCAGUUGUAUUUCGGGAACAAAUUUGCAACAGUCAACCCUGCUCCAACAU